AUGACAGUCGGUACUGUGGUUGAGGAGAGCCCGUUAGCCCUAGAGCUAGCAACUCUAGAAGAUGUCCCUGCCCUGACCAACCUAUGGUACGAGGCAUUCACUGACCCCGCUGUGCGACACAUCUGGCCCGACACGCCAGGUGUGCGCAAGUGGUGGGACGAUGCGAACCGGGAAGAUAUGACCAAUAAGCCUUUUCAGCACUAUGUCAAGGUCAUCGACCCAAAGUCGAAAGAUGUCAAUGGCCGACCGCGGAUAGUCGCGUAUGCGAAGUGGGAUCUGGCCAUGCCCGAGGAGCGAGGACGUCGUUUUCCGCCUUGGCAUGAGGAUAUGAACAAACAGAAUUGCGAUGAGUUCGUCAAGACGCUCGAAGCAAACAGACAGCGUGUCUUUGGUGAUUCGAAGAAUUAUUAUCUGGACAUGCUGGGUACACACCCCGAUUACAGGAAAUGCGGGGCUGGAUCGAUGCUGGUCAGAUACGGCUGCGAUCUGGCCGAUGAGCAUGGAGUUGGAGCUUAUGUCGAUGCUAGUAAGGCCGGGACGCCGUUAUAUGCUAAGUGGGGAUUUAUUGAUGAGUCUGGACCUGAUGGUGGUGAUGUUACUGCGAUGGCGAGACGAUAUGUCAAGGGCUGA